AUGUCCGACGAUGACGCGCUGGCUGCCGUCACCGUCACGGCACAGCUAUUGGCAACUAGCCACAAACAGGUCCAACAGACGGUUCAGCCAAGUGACGCCAAGCGAAAUGCAGACGACGCCGACUGGAGUUCAAGUCUCUCCAAUCUGUAUGAAGAUUUAGACCACGAAGACACCACAAAAACAGUACACAGGGGUGGGUAUUAUCAACCUAUGUGUCACCAAACACCUUCGUCGAGCAGGCGAGUCAUCCUUCACAGACGAUGGCCGAAGCCCUCUCGAUGGGCUUGGCCUAGCACAUCACUAUAUCUGUGGGGAAGUGACCCUGCUGAAUGUCAGGCACCCUCGACAUUUUGUCGCCUGCAAAUUCACAGGCAGUGCUCGUUAAUGUUGUAUAUCAUUACCAUGAUUGGGAUGGCACGAACUUCCGACCACGGAUCGUUUGUCAAGGCCCUACGUGGCUGUGACUGCGUGGGGAAGGCAUCUGACGUCGUCGUGAUUAAGGUCCCAGUAUCAACAUGGCGCGUGAUAGUAGGCAUUCGUGCCUUCCAAGCGGGUGGUCACCAUUCUCGAAGGCCAGACCUGCUGUUGGAACAGGCACAGACUGCAAUGGAACCCGAGGUCGAAUCUCUAUGGCGGGAGGCUGUGGCUCUAUCUAUCGAAGACCGACUACGACACGCUGCAGGACUACCGACUACGAGCGAGACUCCUGCUAGUGGUACUCCCUAUGACCUGCGCCAGAUCUCCCCACUACACUGUCCCGGGACAAUUGCUAUAUGA